CUCUCAAAGCCUCUUCUUCUUCAACCAAUCAAAUUCUCUCUCUCUCUCUUCAGUUUCUUGUGUGUUGCACACUCGUCGCAGUCGUGAGAUAUGGCCGCCGCAGUUUCCACCGUCGGUGCCAUCAACAGAGCUCCGUUGAGCUUGAACGGGUCAGGAUCAGGAGCUGCAUCAGCCCCAGCUUCAACCUUCUUGGGAAAGAAAGUUGUAACUGUGUCGAGAUUCGCACAGAGCAACAAGAAGAGCAACGGAUCAUUCAAGGUGUUGGCUGUGAAAGAAGACAAACAAACCGAUGGAGACAGAUGGAAGGGUCUUGCCUACGACACAUCUGAUGAUCAACAAGACAUCACCAGAGGCAAGGGUCUGGUUGACUCUGUCUUCCAAGCUCCUAUGGGAACCGGAACUCACCACGCUGUCCUAAGUUCCUAUGAAUACAUUAGCCAAGGCCUUAGGCAGUACAACUUGGACAACAUGAUGGAUGGGUUUUACAUUGCCCCUGCUUUCAUGGACAAGCUUGUUGUUCACAUCACCAAGAACUUCUUGACUUUGCCUAACAUCAAGGUUCCACUUAUUUUGGGUAUUUGGGGAGGAAAAGGUCAAGGUAAAUCCUUCCAGUGUGAGCUUGUCAUGGCCAAGAUGGGUAUCAACCCAAUCAUGAUGAGUGCUGGAGAGCUUGAGAGCGGAAACGCAGGAGAACCAGCCAAGCUUAUCCGUCAGAGGUACCGUGAGGCAGCUGACAUGAUCAAGAAGGGAAAGAUGUGUUGUCUCUUCAUCAACGAUCUUGACGCUGGUGCUGGUCGUAUGGGUGGUACUACUCAGUACACUGUUAACAACCAGAUGGUCAACGCAACACUCAUGAACAUUGCUGAUAACCCAACCAACGUCCAGCUCCCAGGAAUGUACAACAAGGAAGAGAACGCACGUGUCCCCAUCAUUGUCACGGGUAACGAUUUCUCCACUCUAUACGCUCCUCUCAUCCGUGAUGGACGUAUGGAGAAGUUCUACUGGGCCCCGACCCGUGAAGACCGUAUCGGUGUCUGCAAGGGUAUCUUCAGAACUGACAAGAUCAAGGACGAAGACAUUGUCACGCUUGUUGAUCAGUUCCCUGGACAAUCCAUCGAUUUCUUCGGUGCCUUGAGGGCGAGAGUGUACGAUGAUGAAGUGAGGAAGUUCGUUGAGGGACUUGGAGUGGAGAAGAUCGGAAAGAGGUUGGUGAACUCAAGGGAAGGACCUCCCGUGUUCGAGCAACCCGAGAUGACUCUUGAGAAGCUUAUGGAGUACGGAAACAUGCUUGUGAUGGAACAAGAGAAUGUCAAGAGAGUCCAACUUGCCGACACUUACCUCAGCCAGGCUGCGUUGGGAGACGCAAACGCUGACGCCAUCGACCGCGGAACUUUCUACGGUAAAACAGAGGAAAAGGUGCCCAGCAAGUAAACCUGCCUGUUCCUGAAGGGUGUACUGAUCCUGUGGCUGAAAACUUUGAUCCAACGGCUAGAAGUGACGAUGGAACCUGUGUCUACAACUUUUGAGCAAUAUUAUCCUGCUUAUUAAUUUGCUGUUUUACUCCUAUUGUCUCUUUCGGGUUUUUUUUUUCCCUUUGUGUAAUUGUGGAUUGGGUCUUGUCCUCUUUUGUUCCUUUUUUUAUGAUCAUGUGCAACACAUUGGUAAUUUAAAAUUGCCUUGUCAUAAACUACAUUUCUUCUU